UAAAACGUGAGGCCCAGCCCAUCUCCAUCAAUAUUCCCCCUUUUCCCCUUCUUCCUCUCCCCAUUUUCAUCGAACAACACCCUCUGCUGCCUCCUCUGCCUCCUCUGCUUCUGCGUCUCUUCGCUGAAUCUCCCUGUUCCUUUUUUGUGCCUCACUGUUCCUUAUCUGGGUCCCUUCAACGUCUCUCUCUUUCAUUCGCUUUGCUUUUUUGACGUCCGCCAUUCUAAGUCAUGCUUCUUCCUUCCUUGGGUUAGUCUUGGUGGGUUUCAGUUUUUCUUCUUAGCCAUGGAGCCUCCUCUGUUAUUCUUGGCGCUGCUGCUCCUCUGGGGUGCUCUGUUUUCCUCCUCUGCCGACACUAGCCCCCGAAGUUUACCGGAGAUUCAGGCAUUGAUGUCCUUUAAACUUAAUUUACAUGACCCUCUUGGUGCAUUGACGGCUUGGGAUUCUUCCACCCCAUUGGCGCCCUGUGACUGGCGGGGUAUUGUUUGUACCAAUAAUCGAGUCACUGAACUCCGUUUGCCUCGUCUUCAACUCUCUGGUCGAUUGACCGAUCAGUUGCCCAACUUGCCCAUGUUGCGGAAGCUGAGUAUCCGUUCCAAUUUCUUCAAUGGUACGAUUCCGUCUUCUUUGUCCAAAUGUCUGUUUCUGCGUUCCGUUUUCUUGCAGUAUAAUUCGUUUUCCGGUGGCAUUCCGGCGGAGAUUGGGAAUAUGAGUAAUCUCCGUAUUCUCAACGCGGCGGAGAAUCACCUCUCCGGCGUCAUCCCCGGCGACCUUCCGAGUAGCCUUAGGUAUCUCGAUCUUUCGUCGAACGCAUUUUCCGGUCAGAUUCCAAGGAGCAUUGUGAACAUGACGCAGCUUCAGGUUGUUAAUCUCUCUUUCAACAUGUUCGGCGGGGAGAUUCCGGCGAGCUUUGGUGAGCUUCAAGAGCUUAAACAUCUCUGGCUCGACCACAAUGUUUUGGAAGGGACGUUGCCUUCGGCUCUUGCGAAUUGUUUUUCGCUCGUUCAUUUGAGCGUUGAAGGAAAUGCACUCCAAGGCGUAAUCCCAGCCGCCAUUGGAGCUCUUCCGAAUCUUCAAGUUAUUUCACUCUCGCAUAAUAGUCUCUCUGGCUCAGUUCCUUACUCCAUGUUUUGCAAUGUCUCGACGCAUCCGCCGUCGCUUCGGAUCGUUCAACUUGGAUUUAAUGGGUUCACGGACAUUGUCAAAUCUCAGACAGCAACGUGUUUUAGUGCUCUACAGGUCCUCGAUAUCCAACACAAUCAGAUAAGGGGAGAGUUCCCUUCGUGGUUAACGGGCGUUUCCACUUUGACACUCUUGGAUUUUUCCGUCAAUCACUUCUCCGGCCAGAUUCCGCCUGGGAUUGGGAAUCUUUCGGGACUGCAAGAGCUCAGAUUAGCGAAUAAUUCGUUUCACGGCGCCAUUCCGUCUGAAAUCAAGAACUUCGCCUCGAUUUCUGUCAUUGAUUUUGAAGGGAAUCGCUUAACCGGGGAGAUUCCGCCGUUUUUGGGUCAUAUGAGAGGUUUGAAACAGUUGUCUCUCGGAGGAAAUCGUUUUUCCGGCACUGUUCCGGCCAGUUUGGGAAAUCUCUUGGCGCUUGAAAUCUUGAAUUUAGAGGACAACGGCUUGAACGGAACCAUUCCGCUGGAGCUAAUGGGGCUUGGGAAUUUAACAGCAAUGGAGCUCGGUGGGAACGAAUUUUCCGGUGAUGUUCCGACUGGCAUUGGGAAUCUCAGUCGUCUUGAGAUUUUGAAUCUCAGUGCCAACAGUCUUUCCGGGAUGAUUCCGUCCAGUCUUGGCAAUCUCUUCAAAUUAACGACUCUGGACUUGAGCAAACAGAAUAUUUCUGGGGAGUUGCCAUUUGAGCUAUCUGGUUUGCCUAAUUUGCAGGUCAUUGCAUUACAAGAAAACAAGCUAUCUGGGAAUGUUCCUGAAGGGUUCAGUAGUUUAAUGGGUUUGCGCUACUUGAAUCUAAGCUCAAACAGAUUUUCCGGUCAAAUCCCUUCAAAUUAUGGGUUUCUUCGAUCACUUGUUUCUCUGUCAUUAUCAGACAAUCACAUUUCCGGGUCCAUCCCUUCCGAGCUAGGUAACUGCUCUGAUCUACAAAUUUUGGAGGUCCAUUCAAAUGCUCUUUCAGGCCAUAUUCCGGCCGAUCUGUCUCGUUUAUCUCAUCUGCUAGAGCUGGACUUGGGCAGUAAUAAAUUGACCGGUGAAAUCCCAGAGGCGAUCUCGAGUUGCUCGUCUUUAGAAUCUCUCCGUCUGAACUCGAAUCAUCUUUCGGGUAGCAUACCGGAGUCGUUGUCGGAGCUCUCAAACUUAACCUCGCUUGACCUCUCAUCCAACAAUUUAAGUGGUGUAAUCCCUGCUAAUCUUAGCUCCAUUGCCGGAUUGACGAGCUUAAACGUAUCGAGUAAUGAUCUAGAAGGCGAAAUUCCACCCUCUUUAGGCUCUAGAUUCAACUGUUCAUCUGUGUUUGCUAACAAUUCUGAUUUAUGUGGGAAACCAUUGGCUCGGAAUUGUAAGGAUACAGAGAAAAAGGAUAGAAUGAAGAGAUUGAUACUCUUCAUUGUAGUGGCCGCCAGUGGAGCUUGCCUGUUGACUUUGUGUUGCUGCUUUUACAUUUUCAGCUUGUUGAGAUGGCGGAAGAGGCUCAAAGAGAAGGCGUCUGGAGAGAAGAAAACAAGCCCAGCAAGGGUUAGCUCUGCGGCUAGUGGUGGCCGUGGAAGCUCAGAAAAUGGAGGGCCAAAGCUUGUAAUGUUCAACAACAAGAUUACCUUGGCGGAAACAAUCGAGGCAACAAGGCAAUUCGAUGAAGAAAAUGUUCUAAGCAGAACCCGUUAUGGGUUGGUUUUCAAGGCUUGCUACAAUGAUGGCAUGGUGCUCUCAAUCCGCCGCCUCUCAAAUGGAUCAUUGGACGAAAACAUGUUCAGAAAAGAAGCUGAAUCAUUGGGAAAAGUUAGGCACCGCAAUCUCACUGUUCUUCGUGGCUACUAUGCUGGCCCACCUGAUAUGCGGCUGUUAGUGUAUGACUACAUGCCUAAUGGAAACCUUGCUACUCUCCUUCAGGAAGCAUCUCACCAAGAUGGUCAUGUUCUGAAUUGGCCAAUGCGGCAUCUCAUUGCUCUUGGAAUCGCCCGUGGAUUAGCCUUUCUUCAUUCAUCAUCCAUUAUCCAUGGAGAUGUUAAGCCACAAAGUGUUCUAUUCGACGCCGAUUUCGAAGCUCAUUUGUCCGAUUUCGGGCUCGAUCGAUUAACUCUCACGGCCUCUGCCGAAGCAUCCACAUCUACCUUAGUAGGCACAUUGGGCUACAUUGCUCCGGAAGCAGUGUUGACAGGGGAGGCCACCAAGGAAUCUGAUGUCUACAGCUUCGGCAUUGUGUUGCUCGAGAUUUUAACAGGGAAGAAACCAGUGAUGUUCACAGAAGAUGAAGACAUUGUCAAGUGGGUAAAAAAGCAAUUGCAGAGAGGCCAAAUUACUGAGCUUUUAGAACCAGGAUUGCUUGAGCUGGAUCCAGAGUCAUCAGAAUGGGAGGAGUUCUUACUAGGUGUAAAAGUUGGAUUGCUUUGCACUGCACCCGAUCCCCGUGAUCGGCCGACCAUGUCGGAUAUCGUUUUCAUGCUCGAAGGUUGUCGAGUCGGACCCGAUAUCCCGUCCUCCGCCGAUCCCACCUCCCAACUCUCGCCACCGAACCCAUAAAUCAAAUCAACCCAUUCAUCAAUCACUUUGGAAUUUUUAACCGCAACUGAUUUGAAUGUAAUUUCUCUUUUUUAAUUCUCCCCCUUGCUGUUAAAAUGUCAUUUUAUCCGUUCCAUCAUUGUGUUCUUAUGGAGAAAAGUGGAUGGCCUGGUCGGGACUGUGGAGAACACUAUCUUAAACCAAAAACAAACUGUCAACGGUUAGGGACGGACGGAAAGCCGAUGUUCUUAGUUUUUUUUUUUUU